UCUUCAAGGGAGACUACUCAUUCCGGAACGUAAAUUUGAGUUAUUUUGUGUUAAACUGGUAUUUUUCCUGUUUUUCUUGCACUAAGAGUCUUACAAAACAUUUGUGAGGACUGAGUCACAUCAGUAAUGGAUAUUUUUGGGGACCUUCCAGAGCCAGGUGACAACAAAUCAGCAAAGUCUAGUUUAUACGAUGAGCUCCCAACACAGGCUAAAUCUGCUGCAGCAUGGUCGGCCAACAACACAUCCCUGUCACUAUAUGAUGGCAUACCAACACAGUCUGUAAUCAGUGCAACACAGUCUAUUCCUAAAGAAACACCAUCAGGUACCAAAGCAGCACAGUCGCACAUAACUUUUGAUACUGGAAAACGAAAGCUGAAUGAGCAAAGUAGCAAUGGCAAUGUACAGAAGAAACAGAAGUCAGUUAUUUAUGAGAUAGACAGUUACAUUGUGGAGAGACAGGGAGAACGAGAGGACAUGCAAGAUGCACAUACCAUCAUUGCAGACUUUACAUCACACAUACCUAAUCUACAUCCCUCUAUCUACCGAGUGUCUCUCUAUGGUGUGUUUGACGGGCAUGGAGGAGUAAGAGCCUCGAGGUUUGCAUCAGAGAAUUUGCAUAAAAAUCUCCGAGAUAAAUUUCCUAAGGGUGAUAUCACUGUAGUAGAGAAAGAUAUCAGGAAAGCAUUUAUUGAUGCAUUUAAAAAGACUGAUGAUGAUUUUCUGAAGUUGGCCACCAAAUCGAAGCCUGUAUGGAAGGAUGGUACCACAGCCAUCCUGGUUCUCCUAAUCAAUGAGAGCAUGUACAUUGCUAAUAUUGGAGACAGCCAGGCUGUGUUAUGUCGUUACAAAGAGGAUACAAAGACGUGUGUGCCAGUGCCCCUCAGUGUGCCUCACAAUCCCUCUUUAUAUGACGAGAGGAUGAGAAUACAAAAACAAGGUGGACAUGUUAAAGAUGGUCGAGUGAUGGGAGUGCUAGAAGUGUCAAGGUCAAUAGGAGAUGGACAAUAUAAGAAAUUGGGGGUAACAUGUACUCCAGAUGUGAAAAAAUGUGCUCUCACAGACAAUGACAGGUAUGUGAUAAUAGCCUGUGAUGGUCUGUGGAAAUGUUUUGAACCAGUGGAUAGUAUCAAGUUUACAAACAAUAUUUUAGAGGAAGACUGUCCCAAAGAUACAGAGGAAAAUAAAUCAGGAAAAAACAAUAAAUAUGAAACUGCUUGUAAUAAAUUAGCCAAUGAGGCGGUACUAAGGUUCAGUGGAGACAAUGUUACGGUGCUAUUAUUGGCCAUAAGGAAGUGUAGAUGAUACUAUCGAACACAUUAAUUUUGGGAAAAUAGAAAAGUGGUUUCAACUUGCUGUGAAAUCAUUUAAUUUCGUGCCCAUAAAAUUUAUUGGAUAUGAGUUUAUGGAAAUCAACUUUGAACAUAAAAUGAAUGUGAUUUUUUUCUUGUUCCCUCAAGGUUUAAUUUUGUGGAUUCACCCAACCGUGAAAUUCAUAAAAAUUAGUUUCCCACAAAUAUUAAUGAUCUACAGUAUUUGUUAAAGGGGAUUAUCUCCAGAUUUAUGUUAGUUUUUUCAAUGUUAUUUGUUAGUAAUUGUAAAAUUUAAGUGAUUUUAUGAGUUCUAGGCAGGAUUUAUUGAUGAAAAACAAUGUGGAAUUUAUUGCAACAAGUAGGAAAGCUAUUUAAAUAUAAAUGUGUUAGCUUCACUGUAAGAACUUUUUUUGAUACACUUUAAAACAUAUGAAAGUAAUGAAUGUUUUUCUAAUAUUUUGUUGAAGUUGCAUAAUUAUUGUGAUAUAACUCAGGAGGAAAUAAUAGUCAUUUCAUCGGGCGUACAGUUGUAAUAUUGACAGUUUUGCAAACUAAGCAGCUGAAUUACUCCAUCCUUUAAUUACAAACUAGUUUAAUAUAGUAAAUAAAGGUCUGUUAGAUAUUGCUCUGUGUUGGAAGUCAAAUUCAUACUUAAAGGUAUUGGUGUACUUGCAGACAUAAUUUUUACAUGAGGCCUGAAAUAUUUAAUAUUCUUGCAUACAAACUACUUUUUUCACUGGAUCUGGGCAAUAUUGUACUAAUGGAAGAAACAUUGCAUAUUUGGGAUUUUUUAUUUUUGAAAUGCUGUGUCAAUGUUGAAUAUUUAUUCUUAUACCACAAAAACACAUACGUUGGUUGGAAUCGGGUGUUUGGAAAAAGUUUGUCGAUAACCAUGAAUGUAUUGAAUCACAUGUAAUUUGGGCAGUUGUUUAUUUUUAGGAAUCAUACAUGUAUUAAUGAUUUUGGCAAGUAUGUAGGUAUGCUUUUAUUUAAUAUCUGACAGAUACAAUAAAAUUCAUAUAUAAAUCUUGGAAGGAGGUCAACCGUUUUGUACUCAGAAUAACUCCUAUGUAAAAUUAUUCUGAAAUUGUGUUACUGUUUGCUAAAUUUUUAAGGGAUAUGCAAAAAUAUGGUUAAUGUCAUGCUUGUAAUAACAAUAAAUAAAAAGAAUGGCUUAAAAACCAUGAAUUAUUAUACAUGA